CGGGCAUUCCAAAGUUACGUCAUUUUGCUGCGUCGGCGGGAAAGGUUGCUGGGUGCAGUGGCGCCAGCAUCGUAGUUAAUGUAGUUAAAGACAAUGGCCAACAGGAGGAAGGAAGCCGCGGGCGUGGAGGAGGAUGAGGCCAAGAAUGCAGACAUGGAGGAUGAGGAGGGUGACGAUGGGAACAGGAGGCAGCUCAGGCAUCAUUACAGGGAACUCAUGCAGAGCAUGCAGAGUGAGUACCAUAACCACUUACUGUCACCAUAACCACUUACAGGCACCAUGACCACUUACAGGCACCAUGGAGGGGGGUACUCACUGAUCAAUCACUUCUAAACAGAAAUGCAAAGUUCACACUAAACUAAUCUGGGAGAACGUGUCUAACUAAAAAUUUUAAAUAAAAAAAUCUGUUUUAAAUGAGCAGUUUCAGUAAUAAAUCCCAGGAGUUAUAAAUUAUAGUGAAUUGGCAAAGAAAAAAGGAAAAAAAGCUAUAAUACUGCAAAAUAUAGUAUAAAAUAGCCACGCUGCAGAGCAGAGUUGGGGAAUUGUUUUCCAAGUUGGCAUGUUACGUCUUAAAAUUAGCUGACGCUCCCAGUCUGUCACUGGCAGCCCUUAGUGAGUAAUGCUUCAGAAACAUUUUAGGAGCUGGACCAUCCUAUGGGGAGACUACACUUCAUUGUUAAAAAUUUUUAACACCGUUUAUCACUUGAAUGCAGGAAGGUGCAUGCAUCCAAGCUUUGAAUUAAUGCUUUCCCAUUGGGGCGUCAUGUGACCAGGUUUUACUCUAGAGGUGGAAGUGCCUCUACUGGUUAUCUCCCUUGUCCCUCUAAUUUUAAAGAAUAAAAGUGUAAAAACAAGGUAAAAGUUGCCUAAAACCAAACGUCAGGCGAAGCUCCUGCUCCCCACUCCUAGCCUGACAUCACUGGUGCCAUCAUGAGGUGCAAUCAAAUACUUCUCAUGUAGUAGCAUUUGAUUGUACGGUUUCACUUGCUCAGAACAUUUUGAGAAAAAAAAAUAAAACACAAAAACUGAACUGAAUAGGUAGACAAAGGCUUAAAUGAAAGGUAGAAGAGUAUUAUGGGGCAGUGACAGAUGUCAUUCUUGCACAGAUUUAACAUAAGUCACGUGUGACAGGGGUGUAACUAGCCCCAGGCACAAAAAUAAAGAUAUGUGUGUGCAGGGUUUCAAGCAGUAAUGCUGCAUAUACAGACACCUACUACCAUGACCACAUCUAAAAGCAGAAGUGGCCAUGGAAGUUGGAGUAACCCUUUAAUCUACUUCAUUAUCUUGACUAAGUGCUGGAAAGUUACUUUAAAGUGGUUCUUUUACCAGUGACAGCUGCAGGAAAUUUGCUUUAUCUAUGGAGGUUACCAUGGUCAUGUAAGGUCCUCCCUAGACUGUCCAGAAGAAGAUGGCAGCGGCCGUGACGAAUAGGUUCAGGUAAGAAGUACUCGCCUUUCCAUGCCUCCCCUGGCCACCAGACCCCCAGCAUUGAUGUCAAAUUCUGAAAAGUCCCCAGACGGUGACAGUGCUGUUUUAAAUGCAAGCAUCAUAGCAUUACUGGACAUGAGAAUUCCUAAGCGUUUCUACAGCCUUUAGCAGUUAAAUUAUACUGGUUUUAUUUGUAGUGUAUGUAUAUUUUGGUAUAUGUAGAAUAUUGCAUAUUCUAUGUUUCUAUUGAUUAUAUAUGGAUGUGUGGAUUGACAUAAGUAACAGAUGGUAUAAGUGGCUUUCUUUGGAUGAGAGCUCUGGAAUGUAAGUUGGGGUUUUUGUCCUUAUAUGGCUAGAUUAGGUCUCUCUUGGCUCUCUGGCUCUCUCUCUAUGUAAAGAUGUAACUCUCCCGUCAGGAGUCCAGCAAUUACCAUCUGCUGUUGAACAUCCAUUAUCCUUUGUUGUUUUUUUAUGUAUCAGUAACUAAGAAUAAACCUGAAGAAACCGUAAGUCAGAUUGCGUAUUAGUACUUUUCAUUAAUAUAGACCUAUAUUAAUGUGGCAAGCAAAUUUGGCCCAAGACUAUAUAUACAAAAGAUGUGUGUGUGUGUGUCUCUCAAUCAACUGAAGACAAGAAGAAAUUAAGAGGAUUCAACAUUAACAUUGACGAUUCCAACCAGAUUUUACACUGGCCAGCCAGCCAGUCUUCUGUUCAAAUUUUGUUCCCACUUCAAGGGGGCAGAGAGAAGAAUCGAGUUACAAAGCUGUUUUGGAACUGGGAAAACAAACUUGAAGAGGAAAAAAAAAAGAAUCUAGACUGUCACAGAAGAACUGUGGUUUGUAAGAAAAAGAAAGUUUUCAAAUCACAAAGACUGUACAAGACUAUUUUCUACAACUGAGACAAAAAGCACAAGAUACAACGUGAAUUCUAGAAGCAAGCACGUGGCAGAGAUUGGCAAUCAUCCAGAUCCAAGUCCAGAACUGCGCAGCUGUGUGGAUGAAGCAACUAAAUAGACAGAAAUAACUGAUCUGGUGAGUAACAUGGAAUUCAUAAAUGACAUUGCAAAGAAAAGUAAAUUGCAGUUUGCAUUUAAUAGCCGCUAUUCAGAUGCUGUAUUGUGGCAAUCUUUAUACACACAAUGUGAAAUUGAUAAUAAGAAAAAACAAAAGAUCAGAAAUGUUAUGAAACUAGUCUGUACUUACAAUGCAUUGAUUUGUAAACGAAAUGCAGGUCAAGACAAUUUAGAAUCAGCAGAUAAAGAAGUAGAUUUGAAUGGGUUAACAGAAGACAAAUCAGAUAUAAAUGAACAGUGUAACAAUGUAACAGAGCACAUGCUGUAACCCUGAGAGAUUGUCAGAAAGUCUGUGAACUAGAGGAUAGAGUUGAGUUAAGAAAUGAUCUUAUUUGCCAGUUUAGAAAUUAAGUAAAGCAAGUAUGUGUUAAUUCAAGAAAAAUACAGGCACAGAAUUUAAUCCCAGAACCAAUAGAUACUGAAAAUGUAUUCUCACAGAGUGAUUUGCAGAAAUGUAAAUUUCAAGACAGUGCUGCAAAACGUAAUUUGAAAAUCCAUAAACAACAACUGAAAAUUGUGAAAUGUAUUCCAGUUUAUGACACGUCAGUGGAUGCAUUUACUAAUGCUGAAAUGUUUGAGUCAAAUUUGGACAAAUAUAGCCAAAAUGAUGAACAAAGGAAUAGACUAUUUCAAAUAUGGCUGCCGACUCAAAUGGCAAGUAGACUGACUGCGCCUGUAAAAUGUGAGGACAAUGAUGAAAUAAUAUAUGGAAAUAAGCAAGACAGAUUAACACAAUUAAUAAAAUUAACAGGGAAUGAUUUUGUAGACAUUGAAAUGUUGGAAAAACUAAAACCACACAAGGAUGAGGAUAUUUUUAGUUUUCUUGUAAAAUUUGAAAAUGCAUAUAGACUUGUUGCUAAUUUUUCUGAAGAUCAAUUAAUGAAUUUGUGAAAAAAUUUCAAGAUCUAGAUCCAACUGUGAUUGUGACAGCUAGAGUAAAAAUAUCUUUGACAGAAGUUGCUUUAUUCUUAGAUAACUUAAGGAGAGAAAUCAGAAAUGAAAAGAUUAAAAUGACUUGUGGCAUUAGGCAGAGAAAGAAGUGCAGAUUUGACACCCCUCGUCCCCCCCCCCCUUCUCCUCCUUCUUCUAGGACAGAGUGUAAAAGAGUGAUAGACAGCUGAGCCCCUCCCAAUUUGCUCAACUAAAAACUAGAGUUAACAAUCAAAGGCAGAAUAUAACUCCUAAAGUUACUUGUUUUUGGUGUAAUAAACAACAUUAUUUAAGGUCUUGUAGAUAUUUUAUCCGAGACAUCAAAUCAAAAGCAAAUGAGAAAUUAAAUUUGUUGAUUGAAAAUUUUGACAGAGAAAAUACAUGUGGAGAUAAAUCAAUAAAAGCCUUUCCUUGUAAACUGAUAAUCAGACAAAUAAGAGCAGUUUUAGCUAAAUCGAAAUUAGGAGACAGACAAGCAAUGCAGUGUAACACAGACAGUUAUAAGAAUCAAAUAACUUCGAGAUAUGAUCAGUUUAGAGAAUGAGCAUGGAUACGUGUGCCAACAGAUGUACACAGGCUGAUUCCAGAAUUAAGAACAGCACAAGAAUAGAGAUCUAUGUUAGUUUGUUGUUUUACUGAAUUGUUAGUCUGAACUGUUUUUUUUUUUUUUUUUCAUUGUUUUUGUGUGUGUUAUAGGAAAGUAUUAGGUUAAUUAAAAUAAAAAUGUACAUCAAGUUUGCAAAUAUGGCAUAAUGAAAUACACUAAUGUACCAGUUAGGAACAUGCAAUGUAUGUUAUAUUGGGUGUAUGCGAUUAUACAGUAACUCCAAUCAUUUUACAGAAGGAAAAAAACAAUAGAUUUAUUCUUUGUUGCUUCUGAGGUUGAUUUUAAAAUCUUUGAUUUAAUUCAUGAGAAUGAGAUUUUAAUGUCAUGACUGAUAAUGGAUUACUAUAUUUUGCAAAGCCUGGACAUACAUAUGUUUGGAUUAUAUCGAAGACAAAAGUUUUGAUAGGAUAAAACCUAGAUUUGCAGAUAGAUUUGAUGUAGGAAACAAUAUAUGUCUUUUGCAGUUUGUUUCAUGUGACAAAAUAAUGCCAGUGUUAAGACAAAAUGGCUAUUAUAGGUAAAGUAUAGUGGAAAACAAUAUUUUUUUUUUUGUAACAUCUGAUCUGACAUGUGAUUAGGUUAUACCUCCAGAUUCUUAAACAGUUUAAAGGGGGGUAUGAUUAAUAAGGUAUGAUUAAUAAAAAGUUUGAAAAUUUAAAAUGUGUAGAAAAGAUAUUUUGAUAUAAAGGAAAUUACAUCACAUGACAUAAAUGCAAUGACCACUAGAUGGUAGAUCUCAUGAGAAGAAAUUAGAAUGUUUUGGAGUCCAUGUAAUUCAAUGUUAAACUGUAUAAUAAUGAGAUAUAAACAUUGUAAGCCAUUGUAUUGAUGCACAUGUUUUUUUGUUUUAAUGUAGGUAAAGCGUGACAGAUCCUUGUGGCAGUAAAUCAGGAAAGCAUUCCUUCAGACAACUGGACAUCGACUGUUGGAAAGAGACUUUUCAUCUGAUCUGCAAACUGUGAUGGAAGAGUCUGCAGAGUUCAUUCGAUACAGAAGAUUGACAGACUUACAAAGAAAUAAAAGAUUGACACUAACAUACAUAUCAAUUCCUAAAUAUUAACGAAGAAAACAGACAAUGAAAAGUUAUUUAACAGUUAUGAGUGUAUUAAUACCAAAAGAGAGUACUUAUAAAUGUGUAACACAUGGAGUAAAAUAAUGAAAGGAUAGUAUUAUAAAGAGAACUAUUACAUUAGUAUCUAUAUACAGAAUGAGAAGUAUCAGAAGUAGAUAAAAUAUGAAGUUGAUUAAAGGAUUAUGGUUACUUAAUACUACAAAGAUUGAGUGCAAUAGUAUUUCAUAGAUUCACUAGAAUAAAUAUUUUGUUUAUAAUCGAGAUGAAGUGAAACAAACAAUGGUAACAUAAGGAAGGAUAAUUUAUAUUGAUUAAUAUUAAGUAAUGGUAUACAUUAAGAAUGCCUUGGAUAUAAGAGUUCAGAGAUCCAAGAGGAAUUGAAUUGAGUUUAGCUAAGAGUAUAAACACAAUUUAUAUUUGACCUAAGUCUAUAAAGGUAUGGACUAAGGAGAAUAGGUUUCUGGAUAUGACGAUAUCCAAUGAAUACGUUGUUAAGUUGUUUUAGGACUCCCUUGAGUUUGUUAGACACAGACUAGGAAUACGUUUCUGGACAGUAUGGCCCAAAGUUUAUUUUAGUCAGUUGAAGUGUAUUAAAGAAUACGGAUUGGUCAGAACAAAUGUUAAGGUAACAUUAGGGCAAUCCUACUUUUAUGUUGAGAUGUAUUACAUUAAUAAGUCAUCACAAUGCUAAUGAAGAGAGUGAUGAUAAUGAAUUUUAAUUAUUCUUUCCAAGUUCUUUUAAAGUAAACUGUUUCUGUUGAAUGAAAAGUUUGUUACAACAAGGUGGAAUUUUAGUCAAAAUUAUAAUUAUGUAAACAAAAACAAAUCUAUGAUAGAAAGAUAUCUGGGUGAAGAAUUUCUAGGACACUAAGUAUUGUCAACACCAUGAACAUUAUUUGAAGAGUUAUUAUAGAACUUCAUGGAUGAUAACACAUCCUUUGAGACUUAUAAGCAGUGUUGAUAUAUUUCAGGUAGUUAGAGCCUACUGAAUAUACAAAUUAAAUACUAUGAUUGUAAAGUACUGAUACAAUCAUCACUAGUUGGUAUUAAUGGUAUAGGAAUGUAAUUCAUGAAUACAAAUGACCUAAAGAUUUUAAGUUACUAGAAAACAUAUGACUCAUGGACGUAUAUUAUAGUAAUACAUGUAUUAGUACUUAAGUAAUAUCAGGUAUUGAGAAUGAAAAUACUAUGCUAUAUGUGUCUGUAGGAAUAUGAUAGUGAUACACAGUUAUUUAGAAAGUUACGAUCUUGAUUUUGUUAUCUACAAAGACAUGACUGUACCUGAGCAGGUUGAUCUUUCUCAUUGCUUUACAUUGUUUAUUGGAUCAACACUUGUAAAUAUUUUAUUUAUUAUUGUUAUAUAUGUACAUAUUCAAGUAGUUAUGGUGUAAUAUGGAUAUCAAUACAUAGCUGAAAAAUAGGGAGUUUGAAGUAAAGUAAGCAGUAUAAUGGAUAGAAACUCGACCUUCUAAGAACUCUCAUAUAAUAGAAAGUUGUGACUACAUCUUGUUCUAUGUUCCAUGACUGUGAUACGAGUGAUGUAUGAAUGGACAGGUUAGUGACAUUAUGGACACAAACAGAGGGAAUGUAGAAUAUUGCAUAUUCUAUGUUUCUAUUGAUUAUAUAUGGAUGUGUGGAUUGACAUAAGUAACAGAUGGUAUAAGUCACAUGGCUUUCUUUGUAUGAGAGCUCUGGAAUGUAAGUUGGGGGUUUUGCCCUUAUAUGGCUAGAGUAGGGCUCUCUGGCUCUCUCUCUAUGUAAAGAUGUAAGGAUGUAACUCUCCCAUCAGGAGUCCAGCAAUUACCAUCUGCUGUUGAACAUCCAUUAUCCUGUAACAUCCUUUGUUGUUUUAUCAUGUAUCAGUAACUAAGAAUAAACCGUAAGUCAGAUUGUGUAUUAGUACCUUUUCAUUAAUAUAGACAUAUAUUAAUGUGGUGAGCAAAUUUGGCCCAAGACUAUAUAUACAAAAGACGUGUGUGUGUUUGUGUGUGUGUGUGUAUAUAUAUAUCAAUCAACUGAAGACAAGAAGAAAUUAAGAAGAUUCAACAUUAACAUUGACGAUUCCAACCAGAUUUUACAGUAUAAAAGAUCUCUAAUAUAUAACUUCCAUAUUAAGCAAAGUAAGUUAUCGUUACUGAAACCAUAACGGUCUUUUUUUUUUUUUUUUUGCGUUUUCAAUAAAGAUUUACAUUUUAUGGGAUAACAUAAAAAAUGAGUUGGGAUUACCCUAAAAAAAGUUGGGCUAAGCUUCUCUCACAAUAUCUAGCCAUUUUCCUACAGCAUAGCUGUUAUGCAAGUGUUGAAAUUUGAUGGCUGUACCGGAUAAGUACAUACAAGGUCACAAAUGGUAUGCUUAAACACAAUUCAGGAAAGAAAGAACAUGUAUGUAUAUGUUUAAUAAAAAAAAAUACCUGCCGAGAAUUAAAACUCUGAACUCUGCAAUUAAGUGGUUGGAAGGCUAAUUGACUGGUGCCAUUUAUUAAUUUGUUUACAAAUGAUCACUAAACAUGCUGUAUGUUUACAUUUCUUACCUUUCUCCAUAGAUAGUGUUAUGUGAUUAAUAUGUUGUGAUGUUAUUUGUAUCUACAGAUAACAGAGAGGAUAUGCUGAGCUCCAGAAGCAACAAACUUACAGAAACUCUUGAGGUGGCCAACAAACUGUUUGAAGGAGGUUAGUGACCUAAAGGGGACAUUAAAGGUUUCUCACCACUCUAAAACACCACCUGUACGUGUCCACUGUAAGAACAUGGCACCAACUCACCCAGCUUCUAUGUCCACCACACUCACUACAUCAUGCUGCUUCUGACAUUUUAGAGCAUAUUUGAAAAAUGUUGAAAAUAUAUUUAUAAAAGGGACACUAUAGGUCUUCAGAUCACUUCGUCUCCUUGGAAAUGGUCUGAGCACUGCCCUUUUCCCCCUUAGUCCUGGGAAAAAACUGCAAUCUUUACAUUGCGUUACUAAGAAAGCCACGAGAGGUGAUCCUGGGAGUUUACCGGACUCUAGGUCGUCUGGCACUGGAUAUCCUCACGUUCUUCAUGAGGACAUCCAGCAUCAGUAAAAUCCCCAUAGGAGGGCCUAAUGCACUCGCCACACAUGCACAUUAGAACCCCCGUCAGAUGAGAUCGGCGGAGGCAAAGCACCCAGCGCUGGAAUCAGGUAAGUAAAUAAAGUUGUUGGUUUUUUUUACACUUUAUGUGCUGGGGGAGAGGACCAAAGGGCACUAUAUUGUUAGGAAAACAACUUUGUUUUUUGGAACACUAUAGGUUCCUUUUGAAAUUUUCAUGUAUGACAUGAUUUAAAUGUUAAUAACAGCGAAGUUAGUAAAAUGUUACGAAUGCAUUACUAAAUUUGUGAUUACACCUUGUCUCAUUUUAAGCUUUCCUGCACAACUAGAAGGAGAAAUGAUUUACUCUUGAUCUCUCUUCCCUUUAAAUCUGUAAGCCGUGCUGAGAGGCACGCUGGCUAUUUGCUACAACCUUUUAAAUGCCCUCUGCAGAGAUUUCAACUUCUCUGCUCUGUUGUGUAACCUUUGUAAUGUUGGAGAGUUAUGUGCACUCAUAGGAGCAAGAAACUGUUUGCUUUCCAUCAGACACUGUCACACUGACUGCCAGGUUGUAAGGAGAAUGACAAGCAAUAGAAACAUGCUGCCCUUGAUGUAAUAAAUGACAACUGCAUUUCUUCUAGUAUCUCAAUCUGUCCUGGGUUGCUCUGCUUUUUGGAAGCAACUCUAGUGGCUGUCUGAGUGACUGCCACUGGAGGUGUCACUAGGGAGCAAUGUAAGCACUGUCUCUUUUCUCUGAAAAGGUAGUGCUUACAGCAAAAGGCCUGGAGGGACUUAUUAGACAAUAAGCUCUAGUUGUUUUGAUGACUAUAGUGUCCCUUUAAAUUUUGCAUUGUCCUCUUAGUAGCAUCUGAUCCUUGCAAUAUAUUGUAUAAUUAUGCUUCUCUCAUUUUACCACUGCUUUCUGGGGUCACAUAUAUUCCAGCUCUCGAUAAAUGUUUAGCCUGUUGCAUGUAAUGUUGUUACCCAUAAAAGAAUCACCUGUGGGGUCUUUGCAUAUAUUUCUCUCUCUCAAAGAGCCCAUGAGGUGACAGGUCUGGUUAUAUCGUGGCACCAGGGGGGAGAGCUAGGUAGACUUGAUUCCUCUUAUUAAUACUGCCAUCUUCUAAGUCCUGGCCUUUAGCUCCAGUUAAAUAGCUGCCUCACUAGUAGUUUUCUGUACGUGCAAGAGAACAGUAUGUGGAUCUGUGAAAAACAGCGUUCCCUUCCAUAUCUGGCAAGAAUAUAUCUGUGGAAAAUGGUACCUUUGCCACAUGUUCAAAGUUCAAUCUCUAAUUUUUCAAAUAUUAAUUUCCCAACACAGGCUUUGUGUUUUCAAGAUUAUAUCUUUAGUUUAAAAAAAAAAAAAAAAGCAAAAAUAACAAAGCCAUUUUUAAUUGUGUGGCUUCCACUUUUUUCAUGCUUUAUUUAUUAUUUUGUUUUGUGUGCAGUAUCCCGUGCCAGAGAAGCAGCACUUGAUGCCCAGUUCCUAGUAUUAGCAUCUAACCUUGGGAAGGAAAAAGCCAAUCAACUUCAUGCUGACAUGACUGUAUUUGACCCAACAUCAUUUGCAGAAGACCUGGUAUGUAAGAUUCAAAGGGCAUAUAUUGCUGUUCUAUGUCUAUGACCAGUGUGAUGAAUUUUCAUUCGUUUUUUACGGGACUAUAACUACUUUUUGUAGUGGGUAUAAUGCUAGGAAGCUGUUUUUUGCAAACUGACCUAUUCCUACUUUACACUUUCCUGUAUUGAUCUGUAGAGUGCAAACUCUGUCUUUCCCCCUGUUGUCCUACAGAAAAUUAUAGAUACACAAUCAGAUGUUGAAUUAUUUGUAUGAUGUGAGCGCUCCCUGCUUGCUAACACUAUGCAUGGCAGUCUUAAUACUUGUAGAAGCUGGACUUCUGCACAUGCAGCAUUGUUCCCUGCCUCGCUCAAUGAACAAUUACGGCACAGCUCCUAGAAAUGGAGUGGACCUGGAACUCCAAGCUAAACUUCCCCAUGUGACAUCUGUGGUUCUGGGGUGUAGAUUGUGCACAGCAGAUUUAGAUGAGAAUAAAGAAUGCUUGGUAUUCACAAGGUAAAUGUACAUGGACAGCUAAGUUGCUAACCAUAAAUGCAUACAGCUGUGGUUUAAUUCUACCUGGAAGGUAAUCGAGAUAUUUCCAGUGUUCUGAACUGGCACACCAAAAGCAGAAGUAAUAUGUUUCUGGUGCUUAGACUAACAAUUGUAACCCUUUCUGACAAGUAUCCAAAUAAUGAAUAUGGAAUUGGCUUGGCUAGCCAUUCUUACAUUGUAAUGUAAUAAUAAUUAAAAAAAAAAGUAUUGCAUAUCAUUUAGAUGUCAGAAGGUUCUCAAAUGCACUGAGAAAGAUGGUGUCGAUGCAGAAAAGGCUCCAUUGUUUAAAAAUUGCUUGGACUCUGAUAGAGUUUCUGGUUCUAACCAGUGAGGACCCAUUGAAAUUGUGCAGACUCAAUUUUGAAUCCCAACCCAGUUAAUGGCUAAGAACCACUUCUGUAAAUGCAGUUGUGGGCACAGGAAGUGGAUCAGAUCCCUGGUUUAAAAAAAUAAAUAAAUAAAAAUAAUCUUUAAGGCAUUGUGUAUAUAAUGCAUUAAAAUUGUAGAUAAUAUACAUGAACACUGUAGACUGGAGCUUUGGACUGUUAUUAAACCGCAACUAUAAAGCAAUUCAAUUUUCUCACGUUAAUAUUGCAUAUCUGCAUCACAAAAUACUGAACGUCCUCAGGAUUUAUUGAUGCUCAGAUUUGGUAUUCUACCAGCAGAAUAGACACUUUAUUAAGGUGACUUGGGUUCUCUGCUCCAUUCUAGAUUUGGGAAGUGGUCCUGGUAUUGUAUUGCUUAUUGAGUCUCUUAUUUGCAUUUAAGAUUCCUAUUGGUUUCUGAUUUACAUACAGUUAUAUCUUUACUUUUUUUUUAUUUGAAGGGGGCUGCGUGUUAACAUUUAAAAUUCUGCAAAAUAUAAUAAACAUUUAAUUGCGGCGGGGGGGAGGAAUAUUGUUGCAAACAUUUCUAAACGUAGCAGGAAUGUAUCUUUGUAUCGUAAAGGGAAUUUGUUGGCUAAACUUUGGCUUGUAGUAGAUUUGAGAUUGAAUUUAAAAUGUGUGUCAAAAUAGCUAAUUUUGGAAGAGUAAACAAUACAAAUGAGAACUGCAGUUCAGUUUAGUGAAUAAUAUCUUAAUAUAAAAAUAAAAUCGGUCAAGUGGUGAUUUCUUUUUAGAAAAAUACAGCUAGAUUGCAUAGUACAGAGGACAGAUACAGCUCUGUUCAUAUUGCUUUUAUUUAAAUUGUUUGCAUUACUUAUUUGAGUUACGAUACUAUGAUUUUUUUUUUUAAUAUUGUGAGCUAUAAAGUAUUUUUCAGAUAUCAAGUCGAGUAAUUUCUUGUCUUUUAUUACUAGCUCUCAUUUAUGGGUCUAAAUCGCUUGGAAAAUCCUGAUAGUGAUAGUGAUGAUGAAGGUUUCGCCAGAGGAUUUUUACCAUCAGAUGCCUGGGAGAAGCUCGGAACUGAGGCAGAUAAAUACUUCAAAAGGACUACAACAUUUCAUUAUAUGUAAGUCUUGCUUGAGCAAAGUGUUUUUUUAAAUCUAAUCAUAUUUUGGUGUGAAAUGCAGGAACAUGUUCUAUUUCAUACAUGAUUGCCAAGUCUGCGAGGCAGGUUUGUCAAAACGUAACUUUGUUGGUAUUAACAAAUGGUCCUUAUUGUCUAGGUUGGGCUCAUUCAAAACUGAACCUCCAGUUGCCCGUCCACGAAUUGAAAGACAGCGAAAGAACAAGGUGGAGGAAACACGAGCUAUGCCUGCACAGGUCUGUUGAUGAGAGUUGUAGCUCUUAGUACAGCUAGAGCAGUAAAAGUCACCCAUCCCCCCACAAAACCCACUAUAGCUCUCCCUAGUCUGAGCAUACGAACAGUUAAAUAGUAUAUUUAAAAUUGUACAUGUGCUAUUUUAAUAUUGUAUUUUUGUUUAUUUUAAGUUGAAAAAAAUGGAGGAAUCUCAUCAAGAAGCCACAGAGAAGGAAGUAGAAAGAAUUCUGGGAUUCCUACAAGAAUACUUUAAUCAAGAUCGUAAGUCCAGGUCAAAUGGAUAAAAUUUAAAGGACAAAAAUGACUUUGCAACAUCAGCAGACUUGGGCAAAUACUGCUGCUUAGCUGAAUUGGAAAUUGAUGGAUUUUUCUUUUUCCAACUUGGUUUGUUUGACCAACAUAUUAGCAACUUACUAUCUAAUGAAUGUAAAGUAGUGGGCUAUAAUUGAAAAUGUAAAAAUCACUGUUUGUUCAUAAUUAAAUAAAGUGAUAAUAUUAGAGAACUUUUUACAAUUGUAAAUAGAUAAAAAUUUUAGUAUAUCACACUGUAGGACAAAUCGGCAAAAUAAAUUACACAAAUGUGUUUAUGAUGGACAUGGGAGUCAGAGCUCAGCAUAUGCCACUUAGAUACUGCUGCAGCUAUCUCUAUGUGAGCUAAAGAACCAAGUUUCCGGAUUGAUUUGAUUGUUCGUUUAGAUUUUUUUUUUUUAAACAAGUGCCAUCUGCUAAAUGCAAACUAUUUAGAAUAGUAAAACCACCUUUUAAUAUUUGUUUCUGGCAUUUGCUAAACUUUGUUUUAUUAAAUGCUUAGUGAACGUUUUUGUAAAUUCUGCUAUUUUGUGUUUUCACAGCCGAUGCACCCAUUUCCUUUUUCGAUUUUGUAAUUGAUCCAAAGUCCUUUUCUCGUACGGUUGAAAACAUUUUUCACGUGUCUUUCAUUAUUAGGGUAAGUACCCCUUUCUGUAUACAGUAAGGGGGGGGGGGGAGUAUUUGAUCCUCUGCUGAUUUUGAACGUUUGCCUACUGACGAAAUUAUUAUUCUCUACUUUUAAUGGUAGGUGUGUUUCAACAGUGAGAGACAGAAUAACCACAAAAAAAUCCAGAAAAACGCAUGUCAAAGUUAUGAAUUAAUUUGCAUGUCAAUGAGUGAAAUAAGUAUUAGAUCCGCAAGAUUUCUGGCUCCCAGGUGUCUUUUAUACAGGCAACAAGCUGAGAUUAGGAGCACCUUUUUAAAGGGAGUGUUCCUAAUCUCCUCUCCUCUCUUACCUCUAUAAAAGACACCUGUCCACAGAAGCAAUCAAUCAGAUUCCAAACUCUCCACCAUGGCCAAGACCAAAGAGCCGUCAAAGGAUGUCAGGGACAAGAUUGUAGACCUACACAAGGCUGGAAUGGACUACAAGACCAUUGCCAAGCAGCUUGGUGAGAAGGUGACAACAGUUGGUGCGAUUAUUCGCAAAUGGAAGAAACACAAAAUAACUGUCAGUCUCCGUUGGUCUGGUGCUCCAUGUAAGAUCUCACCCCGUGGAGUUUCAAUGAUCAUGAGAACAGUGAGGAAUCAGACCACAACUACACGGGAGGAUCUUGUUAAUGAUCUCAAGGCAGCUGGGACCAUAGUCACCAAGAAAACAAUUGGUAACACACUACGCCGUGAAGGACUGAAAUCCUGCAGUGCCCGCAAGGACCCUCUGCUCAAGAAAACACAUGUACAGCCCUGUCUGAAGUUUGCAAAUGAACAUCUGAAUGAUUCAGAGGGGAACUGGGUGAAAGUGUUGUGGUCAGAUGAGACCAAAAUCAAGCUCUUUGGCAUCAACUCGCCGUGUUUGGAGGAGGAGGAAUGCUGCCUAUGACCCCAAGAAUUCCAUCCCCACCGUCAAUCAUGGAGGUGGAAACAUUAUGCUUUGGUGGUGUUUUUCUGUCAAUGGGACAAUGGACAGGGCCAUGUACCAUCAAAUCUUGGAUAAGAACCUCCUUCCCUCAGCCAGGGCAUUGAAAAUAGGUCAUGGGUGGAUAUUCCAGCAUGACAAUGACCCAUAACACACAGCCAAAGCAACAAAGGAGUAGCUCAAGAAGAAGCACAUUAAGGUCCUGGAGUGGCCUAGCCAGUCUCCAGACCCUAAUCCCAUAGAAAAUAUGUGGAGGGAGCUAAAGGUUCGAGUUGCCAAACGUCUCCCUCGAAACCUUAAUGACUUGGGGAGGAUCUGCAAAGAGGAGUGGAACAAAAACCCCUUCUGAGAUGUGUGCAAACCAUGUGGCCAGCUACAAGAAACAGCUGACCACUGUGAUUGCCAACAAGGGUUUUGUCACCAAGUACGAAGUCGAAGGGGUCAAAUACUUAUUUCACUAAUUGACGUGCAAAUACAUUUAUAACUUUUUGACGUGCGUUUUUCUGGAUUUGUUUUUGUUAUUCUGUCUCUCACUUUUGAAAUACACCUACCAUUAAAAUUAUAGACUGAUCAUUUCUUUGUCAGUGGGCAAACAUUUAAAAUCAGCAGGGGAUCAAAUACUUUUUUCCCUCACUGUAUGUAUGGACUUUCUGUGGGAAGCCUCUUUAUACUGGUCUUCUUAGUUUCGCUUGCCUUAUAAGAACUUCGGCAAUUACUAUUAUUAAACUAAUUACUAAGCCUCCUCCCCAUUAUUUAUCCCAAACACUCAUAAAAGAAAACACCUGUGAAUUUAUAUAUAGUAUUUUCCUUAUUGUUUUGUUUUUUUUGAAUAACUAUCAGCAGAAAGGCUUUGUGUUCGUUUGUUCUAACAAUGCAUCUCAUCUUUCAGCUCAUUCUGUGGUUUUUUUUUUGGUUUUUUUGUCUCUUUAUUUAAAGAAGACACUCUGUGAUAAAUUUCUAAUCUUGUCUUUUUUUUAUUUUUUUAGUAUUUAUAAGUGUUUAUUGUCAUCUUUCAGUGUUCUCUUUUCAAGAAGUUUGAGUGAUCUGCUACACCACAAAGUCACCCUGGUGUCCAUGAUAGUCUUUAUUGACAAUAGUUGUCUUUCUUGCUUAUAUUCUAGUUCUGUACAUUGCAGUAAUGUUUACACAUUGUUUUACUUUGACUCCCCCCCCCCAGGAUGGAUUUGCAAGAAUAAAACUGGACAGUGACAAGCUUCCAAUAAUAGGCAAGUACUCACUGUGUGUUAGCCACCUCCCUGUUAUCAAGCAGAUUUAACAAUAUAUCUGUUUCUAAAGAUUAUAAUAGCCAAAUGCUGUAACUGUAGCUGUGCAGUGGGGAGAAGAGCUUUAAAAUCUGCUCUUUAAUUUUAGACCACAGAUCCAUAUGACACUAGACAUUGUUACUGGACUGGAUAAAGGCUUGUGUUCUCUGCAUAUUCUCUGAAUGGGAAACUGCUGCCAAUUUAACACUUGUUAGUGUAUAAUAUCCAUUCUGAGCCAGUGUCUUUUCAGAAAAUAUUGUUAAGUCUACCUGCAUACUGCUUUAGCUAAUCAUGUAUAAGUACUGCAUAUUUGUAUAGUGUAAAUACUAAACGUAAUCCUAAUUUCCUUUGUCAGGCCAAAUGAUCUCUUCAUGUUAUACUAAGAAAGAUGGUAAUCAGUGGCGUAUGAUGUAACCAUGCAGUACAUGAUGGUAUCACAUGCAAUAAGGAAGUUCAGAGAACCACUGGUACAUCCUUAUUGCCCAGUACCAGCUAGAGAGGCAAGAGUCAGAAUCUGCCUGUUUGCACAUUUCGAUCUUUCUUGUCCAUGUAAGUUGAAAAGAGGUUUCAACUUCCGAAAACCUCAUUCAAAGAGGUGGACCCUGUCCUGAACCCUCUCCUCAAUACACACCUAACAGUCCAGGAUUUAGAGAUUACCCGGGUUUGUCUAAACUGUUAAGAAAAAAAGAGAAAAAAAAACAUUAGAGUCUAAGAUGUCUUUAGUUGUUGUUGGUUUUUUUUAACACCUCAGACACACCUGAUUAUUCCCUAAAUCCUGGAAUGUUGGGUGUGCCUUGAGGAGAGGGUUGAGGAGCACUGCUCUAGAGACCUGCAUACAAAACCCCUCACUAGAAUUGCAAUCACCUGGCUGCCAGGUAAACUAUUAUAGUGGUUAACAGUCUAAAUGGGACUGUGGCUGGGAAAAUGUUUGAAAGGUUAUUAAGGGAUAAAAUUCAAGAAUUCCUUGAGAAGGACAUGGUUAUCAGCAAAAAUCAGCACGGUUUUAUGAAGCACAGGUCAUGUCAAACUAACUUGAUUGCGUUCUACGAAGAAGUAAGUAGAAGUAUAGAUCAGGGUGUUGCCGUGGAUGUGAUCUAUUUGGAUUUUGCUAAGACAUUUAAUACAGUUCCACACAAUAGAUCAGUGUUCAUACUCAAGGAAAUUGGUCUAGAUGAAAAUGCUUGUUCUUUGGUAGAACAUUGGCUUAAAAACAGAGUACAAAGAGUUGUCAUUAAUAGUAAAUUUUCAAGCUGGACAGAGGUGGCAAGUGGUGUCCCUCAGGGGUCUGUUCUGGGACCCCUUCUAUUUAACAUGUUUAUAAAUGAUCUUGAAGACAGCAUUGAAAGUCAUGUUUCAGUGUUUGCAGAUGACACAAAACUUUGUAAAAUAAUACAAUGUGAGCAAGAUAUUACUUUGCUGCAGAGGGAUUUAGAUAGACUGGGGGACUGGGCACUCAAAUGGCAGAUGAAAUGUAAUGUUGAAAAAUGCAAAGUUAUGCACUUCGGCAUAAAGAAUACACAAGCAACGUAUACCCUUAAUGGAAGCGAAUUAGGGAUAACACACGAAAAGGACUUGGGAAUUGUUAUAGACAACAAACUAUGCAACAAUGUGCAAUGUCAAUCAGCAGUGGCCAAGGCCAUUAAGGUAUUGUCAUGCAUGAAAAAGGGCAUUCAAGGGCAUAUAAUUUUGCCUCUUUAUAAAUCACUGGUAAGACCCCAUAUUGAAUAUGCUGUGCAAUUUUGGGCACCUGUUCUAAAGAAGGAUAUUAUGGCACUAGAAAAAGUGCAGAGGCGGGCUACAAAAUUAAUAAAAGGAAUGGAACAUAUCCACUAUGAAGAAAGGUAAACAAAUUUAAACCUAUUUAGUUUAGAAAAACGUCACAUGAGAGGGGAUAUGAUAACAUUAUACAAAUAUAUUCGGGGCCAGUACAAACCAUUGUGUGGAAAUCUAUUCACAAACCGGACUUUUCAUAGGACACGAGGCCAUGCGUUUAGACUGGAAGAAAGAAGAUUUCGUCUAUGGCAAAGGAAAGGUUUUUUUACUGUAAAAACAAUCAGGAUGUGGAAUUCUCUGCCUGAAGAAGUGGUUUUAUCAGAGUCCAUACAGAUGUUCAAACAACUUCUAGACGCAUACUUGCAAAAACAGAAUAUUCAAGGAUAUAAUCUUUCAAUGUAGGGUAAUAACUGCUUGAUCCAAGGAUAAAUCUGACUGCCAUUCUGGGGUCAAGAAGGAAUUUUUUUCCUAGCUUGUUGCAAAAUUGUGCUUCAAACUGUUUUUUUUUGCCUUCUUUUGGAUCAACAGCAAAAAACAAAUAUGAGGAAGGCUGAACUUGAUGGACGCAAGUCUCUUUUCAGCUAUGUAACUAUAGAAUUGGAGGGAGCCCUCUCUUUCAAAUGAUGGGCUACUUGCCAUUAGACUUUUACAAAAUUAUUAGGGGAGGGAGCUAUUACAUGUGUCCCUAGAAUAAAUAGACCAGCAUGAAAGUGAAACCCGAUUUUUCUUAAAAUUCUGUCAUUUUGUGUCUGUAAAGGAGAAUUAUUGGUGCAGUUACUUUUUGUCAUUUCAUUAUGCUAUGUGAGUUUGGACAUUGAUAGAAUAAUGAAUCCAAUAUUAUUUUACAAUAUAUUAAAUCACCCACUGCGAAAUCUGAAAUUUGUAGUGUUUUAAAAUAUGUAAUUUUUAUGGUUUGACUCUUUUUUUUUUUUUAUCACUUGGAUAUAACUCUAUUCCACUGGUAUCCCAGCUAAUCUCGGUGAGGUGACUGCUGGUACAAGUUGCAUGAAAUUAUUUAGGUCACAUGAUCGUUACUUUGAGAGAUCCUGUAGCGAGCUUCUCAAUCCUUUAACUUAUUCAACUUAACAUGUUGUGUGCUUUGUUUUUGUUUGUUUUUUUUCCCCUUCUUUUCAUAUAUUAAAAAACAGAGCCCAUACCUCAGAAUGGUAGUGAAAGAAUUGAUAAAGACAACCAGCCGCGCUAUCAGAACGUUGUAUCACUCAGCCACCAGGAAUGGAUGGUAAGAAUCCUUUCAACUACUUAAAUAACCUGUAUUUGAUAUACUUAUGUCAGUCAUUUAUUAUCCUUCAUUUUACUUUUGGCAGGACAUUGUAAAAACAUUUGAGAUAACAGAACCUAUGAUUCCUCCUCCAAGCUGAGUGAUUGUAAGUAUGUUGUGCAUAUCAACACUCUUUGUGUAAGUUACAUACACAGUUGCCUAUAUUGACUACCUAUAGCUUGUUCAUGAAAAAAUAAAUAGUUGCGGUGCACUCAGACUACAAAAAAAACACACAAAGAAGCCUUCUAAAUUGCCUAUCUAAGAAUAAAUAUGGGGAUUUAGUUCCACCAUAUGAUGUUAAGUCCACCACUGCUUUCAAAGUACCCCAAUGUUGGUGGGUCCUAUGCUAAAAUGUGGGGGACAAAUUAAAUAGUAAAAGUGUUAAAAAUAAAGUGUAUUAAAUUCUUGUAAGAGCAAAGUGAGUAUAUAAAAAUAAAGUGAUGAAAUGAAUUUAAUUUCAUUCCCUAUUGCAUUAAUAAACAUUAAAGUGUUCAACACAGAAGGUGGAAGUUUACGAACAUCUGAAGAAUGGUAUCACAAGUGUUCCACCCUAGAAUGUGUCUGCUUCCUUCUUAGAUCUGUGUGUGUUUUUAUUUGGGGGACAAAAUUGCUGCAAAAUGUUGCUCCAGCCUUUUCAACAAAUUAGUCAAACUGACAAUAAGGCUUUAAAGGAAAAUUUACUGAUACACCUGGACACCCUGUAAAAGUAAAUUGGUCAUGACCAGUUCACUUGAGCAGAAAUCACCCAAUAGCCUAUGAAUAUAUUAUUGAUUAUAGAGACAAAUUAUAUUUUCAAUUAAAACAAUUUGAGAUAAUUACCUCUCCUUCUGUCCAGCAUUGCUGUGCCUGCAGCUGCUUGUGUGUUAACCUAGUGCAACAUCCACCUCCAGUCCAAAAAUGCUCUGUUUUGAAUUGUCCUCCAUCCUUUUUUCUGGGAGAAGGUGCUUGCAAGUACAAAAACGGUUCCAUCUGUCUGUGGCCAUGCAUGCUCAGCACAAUGAACCACGGGGGCAGUCUUUGAGCUUUUGAGGUGUUGCACUUUAAAAACCUCUAUUAUGUCAAGUGUUAUCAAAUGUAAGGAUGCAUUAUAACCAUUUUAUUAAGCUGAGGUGGUUAUGGUACCUAAAGUUUCCAUUUUGACAUGAUCUAUUUUCUUAUCUUUGAAUAAAUACACAUUUGAUGUAUGUGUUUAACCAGACAAUUAGUUUGAAAUCCUAACUCCCUGUUUUUUUGUUUCUCUGUUCUCUAGGUUCAUGCGCUGUAUGUUUUACUACCUCAUUCCUAAGGCAAAUUUGUUUUAUAUAUCCUGUAAAUUGUUGAAAAUGUAUUAUAGCAUUAAAACACCUGUGUAAUCUAUUUUUUUUUAUUUAAAAAAGUUGUGUGUGUAGACUGACAUUCUACUAUCUCUCCAUGCACAUACAUUUAAACAUUCUUAAUAUAGGUGUACAUAUUUAUAUAUAGAGACCAUUUUAAAAUGUAUUGUUAAGAGUACCAUACCUUACAUAGUAAAGAUCUAGUUUUUCUUGCUUGUGUGUGACUUCUAGUUCUUUACUGUACCUGCUAUGCCUAUACUGUGUUCAUUUUUUUUAAAGGGCAGCCUACUUGGCAAAACUAAAGCUCAUCUAGAGUGACGUGGCACUAUCCCAGUUUCAUAUUAAAUCAUUUAGGAACUGUUUGAUUUAUUUAUAAAAUAUUUUUUGACCAGGAAGGAUACAUUGAUUUCUUUUAUUUAGAUUUAUUUAUGAAAUAAAUAUUUCCCCAGUUUAAUAUUUCAUAAUUUAGGAACUGUUUGAUAGAAACAGGUGCUUUCUUGCGGGCCCAAUGUCCCAACCAAUCUUUACUAAAAACUCACAGAUUGCACUUCCACAUUAUUAUUGAUCAUUUGGUACCAAACUGGACAAAAUUGUUUGGUUUAGAGUGCUGGGGGAGGUGGGGAAGAGACAAGUUAGGCCACCAAAUGAAUACAGCACCAAGGUACUCUAGGCAACAUAACCAGUAUUGUGUGCUGCAGUGAUAUUGUUACUUAAGAUGCCCAUCUAAUGUCUCUAUUGUUUUAAAUAUGAAUGCUCUACAAGGCCAAAUACAUUUAGUCUAAAUAUAUAACGUUAGCAGCACGGACACUUUGUAGGAUCUAUGCAGAACAACCCAAUAGCUAAUUAAGCUAAAUUGGUUAACUGCUGGUGAAAACUCCAACCCUGCAUCUGCUUGUAUAAAAUUGGCUGUAGAUACCCUGGUGCACAUGAACAGGACAAUGGCACCAUUGGACCGUUUAGUUGCCCGCAACACAGAUCUGCAGCAGUGUUAAGUAUGUUUUGCAUACAUACAAAUAUUUCAAACUUUGAGUGUGAGCUGUCUGCUAUGCAAUAAAACCCUGGAUUAAAUGUUCCUUCUAAGUGCUGUCUCUUUCUGUAAUUGUACAUGAACCCAGACCUGCACCCUGGCAUUUGCAAAGACCGAAAAGCUGUUGAGUGCUACGUACCUUGGGUGAAUUUUAUGUACAGCACUUUACAACAGGGAAAGUGUUUUUUUGUUUUUUUUCUCCAUAUUAUCUAUAUACACAAUCCCCCCCCCCCCCCCCCAAAAUACCAGAAAAAGUACAUUGUGCAGUUGGUGUAGGUAUAGCAUACAUAAUAAAGUAAC